AUGGCUUUUGAUCAUUUAUCGUUCGUCAAAAAAGAUGUGACUGAAGCACAAAUGCAGCCAUUCUUCGAAUACUAUUUCAACGACACGAAGGAUAGCGACCCUAAAGCACUUCGAACAGCACUCGCCAGUUUCAUAACUGACUAUACAUGGGGAUGUACUUCUUUGAUGUUAUCCGAACUUUAUUCAACAUACCAUUCAGUUCGAUUUGCCGUCUUCAAAUAUGUUCUAGAUAAAUAUGGUAAAGAGGCACGACCUGGUGGUCCACAACAUGUAGAUGAAAUUGAACUUUAUUUUGGCGAGCCAUUCAUGUCUAAGCCGACGGAAGUACCUUUCAAUUUAGGAACUUAUUCAGAACAAGAUAAAAUACAAAGUUUACGAUUAAUGAAGUCAUUGGCUGAUUAUGUUCAUGGCAAGGAGCCUGAUGAUUGGCCUGUGUUGAAAUUCAAUAGUUCAAACCCAGAAAAGGAACCAAUUGUUCGAGAAAUUAAUGCUCAAGACAGAAAUGUCGAGUAUUCAAAGCAACACAUUUGCCUUGAAUGGUCAAAACUUUUUGAAUACGACAUAACAAUGUAA